AUGAACCUGACAAAAAACUUGAAGAACAGUACAUCUGUCACUGAAUUCCUCCUGCUGGGACUUGGCAACCUGAAGGGCCUGGAAUUUCUCUUCUUCCUACUUUUCCUAGUGAUCUACAUGGUGACCAUGGUUGGGAACAUCCUCAUCAUUGUGCUGGUGGUGUUUGAUCACAGCCUUCACACUCCCAUGUACUUUUUCCUUGGCAACUUGUCCUGCCUAGAGAUCUGUUACAGUUCCAGCAUUGUACCCAAGAUGCUUGCUGGCCUCCUCCAUCAGAGCACCACCAUUUCCAUUGCUGGCUGCAUGACGCAAUAUUACUUUUUUGGCUUCCUGGCGGUGACUGAGUGUUACCUCCUGGCAGCAAUGUCUUAUGAUCGGUAUGUGGCUAUAUGCAAACCAUUGCUCUAUCUGACUCUUAUGGACAGCAAAGUUUGCUUUCAGCUUGCAGCUGGAUCUUGGCUAAAUGGAUUGAUGGUGGUUAACCUAACAAUAUAUUUAAUGCAACAGUUAACCUUCUGUGGUCCCAACACAAUUGACCAUUUCUUUUGUGAUUACAGGCCAUUGCUAAAGUUGUCAUGCAGUGACACCUACAUGAUGGAGCUGAUAACAACCUUUCUGGCAGGCCUAUGUUCUCUACCACCCUUUGUUUUAACAUUGGCCUCCUACGGCUAUAUCAUAUUGGCUAUUCUGAGAAUCCCAUCUAAUGUUGGGAGGCAAAAGGCCUUCUCCACCUGCUCCUCUCACCUCAUAGUGGUGUCUGUUUUCUAUGGCACAAUCAUUAUUGUCUAUCUCAUACCGAAAACAGAGGUGCUGUCCAAUGCCAAUAAGAUAUUCUCUCUUUUCUACAUAAUCUUGACUCCACUACUUAAUCCCAUAAUUUACAGCCUAAGAAACAAGGAGGUAAAAAAUGCCUUGAGGAGAGCUAUUCUUAAAUUCUUUGUUUACAAAUCUGUUGUUUAA